AUGGGAAAAGCUCAUGUGGGCUUAGGAAUGACUUUAAACCCAAUAAACACAUUUCUAGGAGCUGGGGGUCAAGGAAGGUUUGUGAUAAGUCUUGGUAUAUGGUUUUCAAACCCACCGCGAGGGUACCCCCCAGUUGCCUUGAGACAGUUUGUUAUUUAUGAUAAUGCCCCACGAGUUUCGGGGACGCCUGAACCGUGUGGUGCGAGGAUUGCGGCUCAGGCUGACCAAUGGUCCCCUGAGGCCUGUGAGGAAUGCAGCUUCGAUGGACUUGGUGUCUCUGGGACCUACGAGGAUUGCGGCUCAGAUUGA